AUCAGGGUCCACUAUCACCAGUACCCACCAUCUCCAUCCUCAGUGUACCGGGAACCUCCUCCACACCACAGCACAAGAGACGCCAGACAUCACCAUGGUGGACGCUUGCCCAGUGUGCAACAGGUACUACACCAGAUCGAGAAUCCCCAUGGUAGGGAGCUGGGGCAACGCCUGCAGGGAGUGCAUCAUCAAACAGCAACAGAGUCAAUUCCCGGAGUGCGGGGCGUCCCGGCCCACCACCACCACCUCUGACCCCUCAACUGUUGCCUCGGGCCGCAGAGAGCUCAGCAAGGGGAACGCCCCAAGGACCCUCGCUGCACAAGAGACGCCAGACAUCACCUUGGUGGACGCUUGCCCAGAGUGCAACAGGUACUACACUAGAUCGAGAAUCCCCAUGGUAAGGAGCUGGGGCCACGCCUGCAGGGAGUGCAUCAUCAAACAGCAACAGAGUCAAUUCCCAGAGUGCGGGGCGUCCCGGCCCACCACCUCUGACCCCUCAUCUGUGGCCUCGGGCCGCAGAGAGCUCAGCAAGGGGGACGCCCCAAGGACCCUCGCUGGUAAUUCUCAGCGGCAGACGGGAAUACCAGUCAUCAAAGAGUCGAGGAAGUCGGUGGACUAUCAAGGCUUGGUGAACGCCAGGCUACCCGGCCACAUCCCCCAUACACACCUCCGUCAGCUUCGCCCGCCAGAGGUCCACCGUGUGACCCCCAGCACGGACCCUUCCCACGGACUCCAGCCAGGAGCUAAGACCGGUACGGUAAGGAGACAAGGAAGAGAGGAGCAACUUCCCGAAGAGGACAAUAUAGCAACCCAUCCUCCGAAUUGACAGUACGAUUUAAUACUAAGUGUAAUAAGUACACUUUCUAACUGUCAUAACCAGUGCAUAAUUGCACUUAUGGGGCUGUUACAUUUACCCAACUCCCUCCCCCGAUUUAAUUCCCCUCGUUUUCUGUUAAGACACAGAAUUUUAGGAUGAAAUUUUCAAUUUCAAUUUGUAUUACACAAGUUUUAAAUAUCGCAAUAUAGACACAAAGCUGCGCAACGUCCACAGUUACAGCACCGCUCCUGUGCCAGGUAAGUCCACUACGGGCUCACCAUAGCCCGUGCUACUUGGCACGUUUAGUUCCCAGUAGCUGAAUUUUAAACAACAACAGCAACGUCUCACACAAACUGCGGGUAAGUCGAGCACCGUCGCGCAGGUCCAUGUGACGUCAUUUGUUUACUCGGCGUCAGCUGAUUUGCGGAAAUUUAUUUCGUUAGAAAAUAUUAAAUAUUUUAUUUCCUUGUGGGGGUCUCUUUUCUUAGUUUGUUGAUUUAUAAGAAUUAAUGUUAUAUAUAAAACAAUAAAUAAAAUAAUAAAUAAUUCGUUUUCGUUAGGCAUGUAUCAUAGUUUUCUCUAGGCUAACCUCAACCACUUGGGCUGGACGGUAGAGCGACGGUCUCGCUUCAUGCAGGUCGGCGUUCAAU